AUGCCCAAGGCCCGGCGGGCGCGGGGCUCUGGCCCCGGCUCCGGCUCCGGCCCCGGGCCGGUGCUGCCGCUGGCCGAGCAGAUCCUGCAGGACGCGGCCCCGCGGCUCACGGCGCGGGGGAAGCGGCGCGGCGGCCCCGAGGAGGCGGACGGCGGCGGGGAGGCCUAUGUGGAGCCGCGGCUGUCCCGGCGCAUCCUGGAGCAGGCGCGGCGGCAGCAGGAGGAGCUGGAGGCCGAGCACGGGCCCGGCGAGCCCGCGGGCCCCAGGCAGCGCAGCACGGCGCUGGGCCCGGCGCUGGGCGGCUCGGACUCGGAGGACGAUGAGUGGCCCUCGCUGGAGAAGGCGGCGCUGGCAGCAGGACGGAGCGGGGAGGACGGCGGGGAGGUGGCCGUGGACCCCGAGGACGAGGCGGCCAUCGAGAUGUUCAUGAACAAGAACCCGCCGCUGAGGCGCACGCUGGCCGACGUCAUCAUGGAGAAGAUCACGGAGAAGCAGACGGAGGUGGAGACGGCGCUGUCGGAGCUGUCGGGCUGCCCCAUGGCCCAGCUGGAUCCGCGUGUCCUGGAGGUCUACAGGGGCGUCAGGGAGGUGCUGUCCAAAUACAGGAGCGGGAAACUCCCCAAGGCGUUUAAAAUCAUUCCUGCCCUGUCCAAGUGGGAGCAGAUCCUCUACAUCACGGAGCCGGAGACGUGGACAGCAGCUGCCAUGUACCAAGCCACCAGGAUAUUUUCAUCCAACCUGAAAGAGAGGAUGGCGCAGCGGUUCUACAACCUGGUGCUGCUGCCGCGGGUCAGGGACGACAUCGCCGAGUACAAGCGCCUCAAUUUCCACCUCUACAUGGCUCUGAAGAAGGCGCUGUUCAAGCCGGCAGCCUGGUUCAAAGGGAUCCUCAUCCCCCUGUGCGAGUCGGGGACCUGCACGCUGCGGGAGGCCAUCAUCAUCGGCAGCAUCCUCACCAAGUGCUCCAUCCCUGUCCUGCACUCCAGCGCGGCCAUGCUGAAGAUCGCCGAGAUGCAGUACAGCGGUGCCAACAGCAUCUUCCUGCGGCUGCUCAUCGACAAGAAGUACGCGCUGCCCUUCCGCGUGGUGGACGCCCUCGUCUUCCACUUCCUGGCCUUCCGCACGGACCAGCGGGAGCUGCCCGUGCUGUGGCACCAGAGCUUCCUGGCCUUCGCCCAGCGCUACAAGGAGGACCUGUCCUCGGAGCAGAAGGAGGCUUUGCUGGAGCUGCUCAAGUUCCACAGCCACCCGCAGAUCUCGCCGGAGAUCCGCAGGGAGCUGGUGAACUCCAAGACGCGGGAUGUGGAGGGGCAGCAGCCGGCGGCCGUGGAGUGAGCGGGGAGAGCCGGGAAAAGAGCAGCCUGAGCUGCUCCCGGGACGCUUGUCUGUGCGGCUGGGAGCGCGGUGUCAGCGGAGUGCGGGGAGCAGCGCGGGAGCGUUGGAGCCGGGGUCCUGCUGCUCCCGCGGGCGCCGGGUUUGCUGUGCCCACAGAGCCAGACUGUGCUCCCUGCUGCUCGUCACGGGCAGGGCAGCCCCGUCCCACCCAGGAACCUGGUGCCACCAGCACCCGCGAGGGUUUGGCCUGUUCCUGUAUUGGAAAAUAAAACCCAAAGCCGUGUCUGUCA